UGUUUACGAGUGCGUCAGUGGCUAAGUGCGCGACUGAAGAAGCGUUGUGUGCUGUAUGCUCGAGUAGCUGUUGCGCAUGUGUCAAGUGGUUUGCUAAACGAAAAAUUUUUACUUUUAAGAAAUGAAUCUCAGCGUUGGAAAUAUUAUAUCACUAGACUGGCACAGCUCGGCAGAAGGAGAGACAAUGCUUCAACAUUUUUACAACCCGCAAACCACGGGCAGGAAAACAUUUGGAAUUCUUGAACGUCCAAGCAUAGCAUCAAAUGUUGAGGAGGUGUCAUACAAACUAUUUGUAACUGGCAAAAGUGGAAUUGGGAAAACUGCAACAGUUGCUCGUUUGGCAGGAAGCAGAUGUCGCGUACCUCAUACCGAAACUCAUGGCAUACAGAAAUCAAAUAUAUUCUGGCCUGUUAAAAUAUGGGACAAAAUCAUAUUGUUUAAACUACAAAUUUGGGAUGCAGGUGAAAAUGCUAUUAAGAAGUACGCACAUAUUUUUCCGGCAUGUAGGGAUAAAGCAGAUGCCAUUAUAUACAUUUUUUCCUUUACGGAUCCAAACAGUUUGGCUGAGCUUCCACAGCAGAUGGCCAGAACUGCUUCGCAGGAGGAAAAUCCUACAUGUAUUGCAAUUGGUACAAGGUACAGUGUACAAGAAAGAGGUGAAACGUUAAGUACUGAAAUAAAAGACUUUGAACAGAAGUGGCAAGUACCUGUACUUCGAAUUGAUAACAGAUGGGCAGGUGAUCGAGGUGAGGUUCAUGAGGUUGCACCCAUAUUGAACAUAAUCUGUGAGAGGCUAUGGGUCAGAGAUCAAGAAUAUUUAUUGAAACAGGGUCUUUCUAAAUAGCAAAGAUUUUUUUCAAAUAAGCGUGGCUAGUGCAUAAAAAAGUGAGAACAAAACUGUGCAGCUAUUUUCUUCAAAUCGCAUAUCAUCAGUGAAGAUAGUAUCGUCAGUGGGUGUUGUGCCUUCAGAAAGCGUAAACUGAGUGGAUUUCUGUUCACUGGAAGGUGCAUGUUUGAACUUCUUCAGACUGCCAGGAUAACUUCAACAAGUCUUUCAGCCUAGUUGUGCCAUAAUGCUCUUUCCUUUUUGAUUUGAUAAUUAGUAAUCUGAUGUAUCUGUCUAUAAUCUUCAACAUUCUUCUGUAAUGUGACGUUUCAAAAAUUUGCAUUCUCUUCUUGUCUGUAUAGUUUAUUGUGCAUGUUUCACUUUCAUAUAAGCUGUGAUUUAUAAAAAUACUUCCAGAAAAAUAUUUCUCUUCUUCAUAGAUGUCCUCUCUCUCUCUCCUUCUUUUUCUUUUUAAAAAAGCUAAUUUCUUCACCUGAGCCACAUUCCCUUACCAUUGUUUUACUUUUUUUUUAUGUUCAUCUUAUAAACUGGUUGUAAGACUCCCUCCAUUCCCUUCAACUGAUCUUUCAAGAUGUUUGCCAUCUCUGAUAGAAAUCCUAGUCAAAGCAAAUCAUAAAGCUUUGAUUUCUUCUCUAUGAAAUUUAAUUCCUUUUUCAGUUUUCAUUUUGGUUUCCUUUACUGGUUGCUGUAUGCACAGAUUGAACUAAAUGAGGGAUAAGCUACAACACUGUUUCCUUCUCUUCUCAACUACUGCUGCCCUAAAAUACCAAUCUGCUUUUGUAACUGUAGUCUGAUUUUUAUGCAAGUUGUAGAUAACCAUUCACUUCCUGUAUUGUAUCCCUAUAACUGCCAAUUUUUACAGAAUUUGCUCAACAUUGUCAAAAGACUUUUCUAGAUCUAAAAUUACAGUAUAUAGAAAUAGAUUUUGUCUUUCUUCACCCUGUCUUCUAAGAUAACUCUUUCAUAUUCCUGCAUUUCUCCAGAACCUAAACUGAUGUUCUUCAUUUAACUAUGACAUACCACAUUCAUAGCUCAGUAAUACUCACAACUGUCAUUGCCUACCUUCUUUGACAUUGAAAUUAUUAUGUUCUUUAUGUCCAAUCUCAUACGUCCUUCUCUCCAGGGUGAGAAGUUUUGGUUCUCCCAAGUCUUUUAAUAAUUCUGAAGGAAUGUAGUUUACUUUGGGGCCUUGUUUAGCCUUAAGUGUGUCAGUACUCUUGUAAGAUACUUCAUGCAGUAAUGCAUCUUCAGUCACGUCCUCUUCCCUUUCCAUGAUACUGUCUUCUAGUUUCUUUCUUUUUUUAUAACUCUUCUAUUUAUCCCUCUGUCUUGCAGCUUCCUCUCCUUUGCAUAAUUCUGGCUUGAUAUGCAUACAGCUGCUUUAUUCUCCAGAGGUUUCUUUAAUUUCCCUGUAUGCAGCAACUAUCUUUCAUUCAGUCACACAUGCUUCUAAAACUUUACAUCUCUGCUCUAGCCAUUCCUCCUUCAUUGCUUUGAUCAUCCUGUCAAUCUCAAUGUCAGGUAAUUUCUUCUGGGUCGAGCCCCACAACCUCAGUAAAUUUGAAGGAGGACAUUAUUCCACCAGGCUAUGUUUUAAAUUGUUUCAUUUGCUAUACUAGUAUUGGGCACUGACCAUUCUUGACUGCAUGUGUAGUAACUGAAGCGGAUUCAUCAUCCUCAUUUCCUCAAAAAAU